AUGAUGAAAGUACCGCCAAAUCCACCACCAAAACCAAGGAUGAAUCAGUUGCAGUACCGACACGGUCUUUCAAGAAGCAUUGCUGGUGGUGGCCAAUUACCUCCGCAGCCAGGAGAUAGUGAUACGGAUUCAGGUAUAUGCGCCGACUCGGACAAUCAAUUAUCACCACGGCAUAUCAAUUCAGGGUUUUUUGAUAAUAAAUCGAAAAAGCUACGACGUAAAUUUGAUAUGCCCGUGUAUCGCGAGUAUUUAACACCAAAAACUGCGUGGUAUGAUCUACUUGUGCGCAAAUGUGUGAAGUUGUAA